AUGACGACGCGCCAGCUUGGAAUAAAGAAAAUGGAGCACGGCAAAGAGGUCGAGUUCACGGUGCGUGGGCCCAGGUUCGUGACCUUUGACCUCGAAGAUGACCAUCGCAUUCGACCAGGUGCUUGCAUCCUUGACAUCGUGUUUCCUGCGCCGCGAAAGGUGGGCGAGUUGAUUUUCCGCAACUACUACACGGCGUGGGUGAGCGUGCUGGUGAGGAUGGCACCGAUCAGUGCGGCGCCAACCACGUCGAACGCUGGCAAAGCCGGGCCAUCAAGCAGGGCUGGCGGUGGCGCCGCCGACGACUCGAGCAGUCCCUGGCAGCUGGCGGUGCCGCGAAGAGUCAUCAUGCCGCACCCGCACUACGAAACCGGCAGCCACGACCUCAUCAGCAUCUCGGCCACAGAGAGUGUGCUUGACUGGAGCAACUUGCUGGGAAUUCGGAUUCUUCUGCAGCAGCCGUCGCCCGUGUGGAGAACUUUCCACAUCGAGCAAAUUACCGUCCUCAGGGACCUGCCACGGAGAAUGAACGCCCAAAAUGAAGAGGACAGCAUGGCCGAGAAGCUUUCUAAUCAGACAGUUACGGCCCUGAGAAAGAGCAACGCGCCUGAGAGGGAGGGACCUCCGCCCAAAGACUUUGUGGGUCUGGUAGGCUAUGAAGUCCAAGGUUUGCUACUCCUCUAGGACGCAAGCGGAAAAUGUCAUCGAACCAAACAACGGAAAUAAAAAUAUGGAUUCCAACUCACUAUAACUUCGUUGCAAAAUAAAAUAGAUUUCCAGAGAGGAAAACUUAUAGGGCAUAAUGUGUUUUGAGCAAAUUUGCUCUAGGCAUAGACACUAGUUUUUAGUUGCAUUAAUUUUGAAAGCAAAAAUUGAAAAAAAACAACGUAGAGAGGGAUUAAAUAAACAAUAAGGCUUUUCAAAAACACUGAAAGGUUAUCACGUUUUUAUCUUCUUGAAUUUUUUAAGUUUUCAGUGAAGAUAGUUUGGUUAAAAUUGUUUCAUUCGUUAAUUUGGUGAUUUACAUUAUGUCUGCAUUAUUUGAACAAAUUAUUUGUUAUAAUUUUGCGAUUGGGAUUAAAAUAAUCGGCUUAAAAUUCUUUGUUUAGGUAGUAUAUGGAUUAAUUAAAAUUAAUGUGACAAUUUUGCACCUAC